CGGUGAAGGUUGGUGGGCGGGUCUUGCUGUCUGUCUUCCGGUUCCGUGUGUGAGCUGAGGUCCAGGCCGUAAUGGGGCUGUGAGCCGGGAGCAAGGAGCGAAACGGAGGGGAGCGGAGCCGGGACCAGGCCCUACACACGGGAGGACACCGCUUACUGCCGGGGGCAGGAGGUGAGGAGCGGCCGCCGCCUGUUAAAACAGUGUGAGAUAUGGGCCACCGAAGACUGCGCCUCCUCUGGCGGUUUCUGGUAUUUCUAUUCCUCGCUCUCCAGAUCCUCUCGGCAGCUGACUUUGACCCCUACCGGGUUCUGGGUGUGAGCCGGACGGCGAACCAAGCGGAUAUUAAAAAAGCCUACAAGAAACUCGCCAGAGAGUGGCAUCCUGAUAAAAACAAGAACCCGGGAGCAGAAGACAAAUUUAUCCAAGUCAGCAAGGCCUAUGAGAUUCUUUCAAACGAAGAGAAGAGGACAAACUAUGACCGCUUCGGAGACGUAGGAGAUAACCAGGGUUACUCCCAGCAGCAGCAGCAUCACCACUUCCGUCACUUCCACGACAGCUUCUACUUUGACGAGUCGUUCUUCCACUUCCCCUUUAAUUCCGAGCGCAGGGAUUCCACUGAUGAGAAGUACCUCCUGCAGUUCUCCCACUAUAUCAACGAGGUGGUCCCCGACAGCUUCCGCAAGCCCUACCUCAUCAAGAUCACCUCCGACUGGUGCUUCAGCUGCAUCCACAUCGAACCUGUGUGGAAGGAGGUGGUGCAGGAGUUGGAGGGGUUAGGUGUGGGCAUAGGAGUGGUGCAUGCUGGGUACGAGAGGCGGCUGGCUCACCAUCUCGGUGCACACAGCACUCCGUCCAUUUUGGGAGUGAUUAAUGGGAAGAUCUCCUUCUUUCACAAUGCCGUCUUACGGGAAAAUCUUCGACACUUUGUGGAAAGUUUACUGCCGGGAAAUCUAGUGGACAAGAUCACAGAUAAAAACUACAUCCGGUUCUUAUCCAAUUGGCAGCAGGAGAAUAAGCCCCACGUGCUCCUGUUUGAUCAGAUGCCUCCUGUCCCACUGAUCUACAAGCUGACGGCGUUUGCCUAUAAGGAUUACCUGUCUUUCGGAUACGUGGACCUUGGCCAGAGGGAGACGGAGCAGAUGAGCAGCCAGUACAAUAUUAACAUGUACGCCCCAACCAUGCUGGUCUUCAAAGAGCACAUUCACAAGCCAGCUGAUGUUGUGCAGGCACGAGGAAUGAAGAAACAAGUGAUUGAUGACUUCAUUUCUACCAACAAGUUCCUCCUAGCAGCCAGGCUGACUAAUCAGAAGAUAUUUCAGGAGCUGUGUCCUGUGAGGAAAUCGCACCGUCAGCGCAAAUAUUGUGUCGUCCUGCUAACUGGGGAGGGGGAACCCUUCAAGAAAACCUAUGACUCCUUCCUGGCUUUUGCUUCGGCCAACACCAAGGACACUGUUCGAUUUGUCCAUGCCUUCAAGGAACGCCAACAAGAGCUCGCCAUCUCACUGCUUGGAGAGGAUAUAAAGCCCGGAGAAUCCUCUGUGGCAAUACUUGAAAGACGGAACUCGGCUGGCAGAAUCGUGCACAGGACCCUGGCCAGCGCCUGGAGUGGCAGUGAGGAGAACAAGUUUGCUCUCUUGGAUUUCUUAGACCGCUUGAGGAAAGACCCCAGCCUCCUGUCUUCUGAGACCAUUCUGACUGAUCUGAACGAUGAGCUCGCACCGGUGUUCUUCCUGCGCUGGAUCUACAUUGCAGUUGACUACUGGUCGGAUGUAUGGGAGAGCGUCCUGCAUAAUAACUGGAGGGAGAUGAUGCCGCUGCUGUCUCUGAUUUUCUCGGCUCUCUUUAUCCUUUUUGGGACGGUCAUAGUGCAGGCGUUCAGUGACUCUAGCGAUGAUAGAGAUUCUGUUCCAUCUGAUAAAGAAGAGCCAAGUGACAAGGAGAAGAGUAGCGAGACCAACUUCACCAAGGAGAAUACCAGGGUUCCUAAGAAAGGCUUUGUGGAGGUGACGGAAUUAACAAAUGUAAAUUAUAUGAGUAACCUCGUCCGGCUGCGCCCGGGCCACAUGAACGUUGUCCUCAUCCUCUCCAGCUCCACCAAGGCUAGUCUGCUGCAGAGGUUUGCCCAAGAAGUAUAUACCUUUACUGGGAGCAGCUCCCUUCACUUCUCCUUCUUGAACCUGGACAAGCACCGUGAGUGGCUGGAGUACUUGCUGGAGUUUGCUCAAGACGCAGCACCCAUCGCCUAUCAGUACGACGAGCAUUUCCUGGAGCGCGACUACACCGGGUACGUGCUGGCUCUGAAUGGACACAAAAAAUACUUCUGUCUCUUUAAAGCGCAGUCCACGCUGGAAGACGAGAAGCUCUCGGACGAGGGAGAAGUCUGUUCUCCCAGCGGGGACUCGUUAAGGAAGAUUUGUCUAGGCUCUGGGGCGGGCCACAUCAAAAAGAAAUUAAAUAAGCUAUCGCUGUGGAUGGAGCGUCUAUUAGAGGGCUCAUUACAGAGAUUCUACAUCCCCUCCUGGCCUUUGCUGGACUGACACUACAUGGAGGUGGUGGGGGGGCAUCCAGUCCGAUGAAACUGUGAACAUUUUAGAUGUUUGUCCUUGACGUCGGGAUCCUACAUGCUGUUAUUGCGUCAUCCAAUCCUGCCUGGGUCAAGCAUGAGUGGAAGCGGGGUGGGGGAAGCUCGCUUUUUUUUUUUUUUUUUUUUAAAUACAUGAAGCGAGCGCUCCGUGAUGACGCCAUUGACUCUAUCAGAUACUGCCUGCUUAUGUCUUAAGUUCUCUUCAGCUACAUCAAAGAGCUUUAAGCUGCCUCCAAGGAUCCAGAUAUGAAAAUCUGCAGUUCUGGAAAGCCUGAACUUUACUCUCUUUCCAUCUCCUAACCCCACAGCGACGUCCAGCAGCUCAUUUACCUUUAACGACGACGACCACUAGAGGUCCUUAGUGAGUAAACGCCGCUGUCGCCACCAUUUGUGGCCGCUGUGUCCAAUCGUGAUUCUUUCUUUAGCUCUGAGGUCAACCAUGGACUUGGCAAUAAGGCACUAAGUGGGCGGGAAGAGACGCACAUCGAUACAUUAUAGAUGAAUCUCCUCCGAUCCUGGAGACGCCACGUGAUCACGAAGCCAUUUUUUUUUUUUUUUUUUUUUAAAGAAAGUUCCGUAGGUGUGUCAGUUAUUGACAACCGUGCGACGCCACCUUUGGCCUCACCCAGAAUCUCACUGCGACACUGAAUUUUCUUUGUAUCAAGGAACAAUGGCCUGUGAAUUAGAAUAUCCGUCCAGAGCUGCCACCCAAUAAGAAUAGAAGAGCGUUAUAUUACAGACUAGCCGGUCGUUACAUUUCUGUACACAGCCAGUGAAUGUAGAUUAUUAUUCUUCCUGUCAUUGGGGAAGGGGGGGUACAUAUUUAUCUGCAAUCAAUUAUUAUUAUUUUUUUUGUGUAUUUCAUCUUCAAUGCCAAAGUUUUUGUCACAGUGGAAUGAAGCUGACAAUAUGAGAUGCGCAGAUUGUUAACCUAUUCAUUGCUGGGGUCCCUUUAUGGCCCUGCAAUAACAUCCGAAUCCUUUAAGUCCAAAAUCCUUUGACCUGAGUAUAAAGCUGCAUAUUAUCAUGUUGUGUUCUCUGUUAUCAGCGGUCAGGUUGAGGUUAAUAAAAUCUGUGUUUCAUGUAUGGAGAGUUCCGGGGAGCCAUGGACUCGCUCCUUAUGCCUGGAUUAAUCUUAUUCUUGUAGAUGUUUCCCCAUUAUUUUUCUAGUUUCUAGCAAUAUUUCACAUGUAUGGCUCCUUGAACCGGCGCACAAUCAAUAGCCGGAUGCUGGGAAACUGCACUUGUAGCGAUUACUGCCACCAAGUGGACAGCUUGAGAACGGCAGUUAGUAAUGCCUGCAGACAUUUCAUAGGGGCUGAUAUGUUUCCAAUGGGUUUGUUCACUUUCCUUGUAGUUUAUGCCUACAGCCCUCCCCCUUUUCCUCUUUCCGUCCCUGUGGCAUAGCGCACGUCUGUCAGUCCUGCAAGGUCCAUGGUAUGAAGAGGUUGUCUGGAAUUGCUGCAUUGCACGAUAUUUUCCUACUCCUGAAGCACUGAAACGGUUAAACUGCCCCGUGCCGAGAUCUUUAUUUACAGAAUAAAAAGUGAAAUAUAGAAAAAUCAAUAAAAUGCUGUAAAAUUCUGUCUGGACGAUCGGUUUGCACUUUUUUUUUUUUUCUAGGGAGAAAAUAACUUAUUUUAAAUAGUGUUUUUUAUAUUAUUUUAACUUAUCGUCAUUUGUAUAUUUUUUUUGUUUUAAUAUAUUUACUGCAUUGGAAACUGAAAUAAACUAUUUUACUGUG